GGGAGAUCUCACAAGCAACGCUCUUUCUUUUUCCUGGACGGGGAUUGAAGAGGAAUGAUGUCCGGAGGCUUCAGGUUGCUGGUCGGUCUCCUGUGUAUCCUUAUCUGCCCAAUGCUGACACGGGGAACGGUGUAUAUACGGAGCGGAUCGGAGAUCAGUGAAUGUAAUAUGAAGUGUCCUCGGGAUGAAGGGGUGCUGGAGCUGUACAGACAAUGUGGAAGGAAAGUGGAUCCUUUACUGGACCUUCACUGUGACGAUCUGUACACCAAGAACAACUAUAAGUCCAGACUUCACCUGGACACAGGGAGUGGCUGCUGGAACCUGACCCAGGCUGGGAAGAAAGACUCCUGUGUGUACAUUGCAGAGUAUAAUAGUCACUCAACAAUUACACUUUCCUCUACAGAGAUCCGUGUUCUGGAUCCGGUUCUCAUCUCCAACAUCACCAGUAACUGUAGCCGGCUGGGUGAGGAGACGGCGGUGAGCGUCCAGUUCUCUGGAGAAGAGAGCGCUGUGACCUGGGAGGUGGACGGGGAGCCUCUCCCUGAAAGAUACCGGCUGAUAGAUGACAAUAGGACUCUGAUUAUCCCCGGUGUGCAGAGAGACGACGCCGAGAGGAGAUUCCGGGUCAGGAUCACAAACCCGGUCAGUGAGGAGAUCCGGGAAUACCGGCUGACCAAUGAUACGAUGUUCAUCAGAAUGCUGGAAACAAAAGGUUCUGAUUCAUAUGGAAGGACAAGAGCGGGUCUGAUUGCUGGAUUAGUGUUGGUCCCAGUGGUCGUGUUCUGCAUUAUAGGAUGGAGGCUGUCCAGGUGUAGAAGGAGCAACAAACCGAUUCUUAAUGACCCGGAGAAUGGAUUUGCGCACAUUAUUGGGGAUUCCGAUACUGGAAGAGACGGAUAAGAUCCGGAUCCAAAUGCACAGUGACCCCGGAUCUGUCACCAUGCCAGGAUUUCAGAGCUUUCCAUACAUUGUCUAUGUACUUCAGAUGACCGGGCCAUGAAUACACAAAACUGAUAUAUGA